AUGAACACAAAGGGCAUAGCCAAAAGCUGCAGGAGGAGCUUGGAUGAAGAUCAGUUGCAUGGUAUGUUUAAGAGGUUUGAUAAAGAUAAUAACGGCAUCCUUACCAGGCAAGAACUUAAUGAGGCCUUUAGCAAGCUUGGUUCAAAGUUCCCUGCUUGGCGAACUUGGCGAGCUCUACGCCAUGCGGAUGCCAACGGAGAUGGAUGCAUAAGCGAGAAGGAGAUCAACGAGCUGGUCAAGUAUGCUUUGAAACGUGGUUAUAAAUUUGACACCGAUGGAGAUCCGCAUCUUAGCAAACAAGAGCUUAAUAAGGCCUUCAACAACCUUGGUUCAAGUUUCCCAGCUUGGCGGACAUGGCGAGCGCUUUGUCAUGCAGAUGAAAAUGGAGAUGGAUACAUUAAUGAGGAGGAAUUCGACUACCUUGUCAAGUAUGUUGUAAAACGUGGUUAUGCCAUCAAUUAG